AUUUACUUAUUCAACAUGGCGCUAUUAAAAAGGCGCAUAAUAGUGGUUUAAUUUGUUACGAUUACAUAUUGCUAUAAGAAAUCAUAUUUUAAAUUCGGAUAAACAAUUCAAUAAUAUUUAAAAACAAAUAUGGAUGCCGAUUUUGAGGAUCUGUCACACGACAUGGAGCUCAUUUCGAGGUUAAAACAACUUCACCAAACAACCUUAAGAUUCGAAAAUAGAAUUAAUCUUGCUAAUGAUCCUGCUAUAUAUGACAAACUUUCUAAUAGCGACAAAAUAAAAUACAACUUACUAAUGUCUUAUAGUCUUAAUAGCAUGUUCUGGAUGUAUUUACGUGCUGAAGGUAUUGAUCCUACAAAACAUCAAAUAAAAAAUGAAAAUGAUAGAUUAAAAAAGUCAAUGGAACGUGCUAAACAAAUCAAUGAUAAAAAUACGCUUAUGCCACGUGUAGAUAAAAAUGCAGCACAAAGAUUUAUAAGAAAUAGUUUAUGGGAACCAAAAGUACAUGAGAAAGAUAAUAAAGAAAGUAAAGGAAUAAAUGAGAAAGAUACAAUCUCAAAAUAGUCUAUUGCGGAAAAAUCUAUACUUGUUCAAUAUGCUUAUUUUAGUAUUACAGUCUACAAUUUAUCUAUAUAAAUCAAUUAUGAGUUAAUAUAAUUUGCUAUUGUUUCAUA